AUGAUGCGAAUACCUUCAAAUGAUAUUAGUUCAGAUGAGAAAUCUCUUCUAUUGAUGAAUAGUUUUUUUGAUGAUGAAAAUUUUUUUGAUAAUUCCUUUAAUAUUAAUAAAGAGGAUAAUUUUUUCGAAGAAAAUAAUUCCUCCAAGGAUACCAACAAUGCAUUUGAAGAAGAUAGACCUUCACCUGAAAUGGAAAGCUCUGAAAUAUUUCUGACCAAACAUUUGACUGCUAAAGAAAUUAUUCAUUCAUUGACUCCAAUUGAAUAUCCACUAACAUGUAAAGAAGAGAUUGCAAUUAUUCAGUAUUCUAUAGGCAAGCUGUCUGAUCAAAGUCAAGCUACUUGUUGUUAUCUUGGUGAUAUUAUUGUAACAAAAAAGGAUAGAACAUGUCAAGGACUGAAGAUAAAUAAUGAACUAUCAUCUAAUAAUGUAACAAAUAAUACUUUCAUCAUAUAUUUGGCUGCACACAAAACCAAAUGUCAAUUUAAAAAAAAUAGUGUACAAUGUACUGAAACACCAGUAUUAAAGCAUCUAUAUCAUUAUGAUGAUAUGUCUGCAUCUUAUUUUAUUGGCUGUUCUAAUUGGCAAGAUCAAGAAAAAUUUCAUCGUUUUAUUCUUAUCAAAGAAAAUAUUGAUCUCGAUUUACUUCAAGAACUUUUGAAUAGAUCAUAUAGUAGCAAAUCCAACGAACCAAUAAAUAAAUGUUUUACAGUUUUACAUAACAGUUCAAAAAAAACUUAUUGUCGCAUUCAUUUGCACCCAUCUCCACCACCAAAUCGAGUGCCACUUGCAAUACGAACAUGUUUACAAGAAUUAAUUCAUCAAGCUGAUGAUAAUACUACUGAUAUUACUCCAACUCGAAUUUUAACAGGAAAUUUAAUCAAAACUUACUUUGGAACUGAACAUCUCGCAAAUAUACAUGCUUCUUUAAAUAAUACUGAUCAUUUCCGUUAUUAUAUGAAUAGAAUUCAAAAGGAAAUUCAUUUCCAAGGACAAAGAAUUCUAGGAGUCAUUUACAAUUAUUCACAUAAUCUUAAUGAUAUUCGUGAUUAUGUAAAGGUUUUUACUAAUCAAACUACAACAAUUGCAUAUCAAAGAAUUUUUCAUAUAUUGUUUGACCUUAUAUUACAAUUAAUUGGUCAAUUUCCUCAAUUUAAACAUAUUCAUGAAACUGGUUGGAGAUGUAUUGUAGCUGAUUUAGAUUAUGCACAAGCACAAAGUCUCAGAUUAGCCUUAAAUGAAAUUGAUAAAACCAAAGAUUGGGAGGAUCAUUUAAUUUAUAUUUUUAAAUCCUGUCAAGUACAUUAUAAAAGGCGACAAAAAUGGGUUAUUGCAUUACUUAACAAAUGCAUGUCAAAAAUUGAUGAAGAAACUUGGAUGAUAUUACCUAAUAAUACAAAUAUAGCAGAAUCUGCUCAUGCAUUAA